AUGGCCUUGCUUAAAACCCGCGCCAAGUUGGCAGAGAAUGCCCCCUACACGAACCUAGACCUUAUUAACAUGGUUGAUACUUGGCCAUACCCUUCGUCACCCUCGUACAACACCCACCUCGCAAAAUACUACACUUUCUUCGUCGACGCAUACGCAGAGCCCUUCGGCUACAUCCACGACAACUUUGUUUCUGACCUCCCUUGGCCGACCGAAUACUGGCUCGUCGACCACGAUGCCAAGACGAUCACUCUCAAGGUCGCACAAGGGUCCACUGAUGGGUUCGGGGCCCGCACCAAAGCAAUGAGAGAAACCCUCUGGCUUGGACACCUCCAUGUUGCGGCCGAGAACAGAAAGGCUGGAGUGAUAGGCCGGCGCUCCCUGUAUCGGUGGUGCAACGAGUCGUUCCCACUGCUCUAUCCACCAACCGGAGAGCCAGUCUUGGAACUUGAUGGGUGCGGGGUGGAUAUGCUAGGGAUUAUCAACGAGAGUGUUUUUCUUGUCGCCUACACUUACUGCUCCCCCACCACGCCGAAGAUUCCUUCGUCGUCCACGACGUCAUUGUCCACCCUUGAGAGAGCUACAUCUUCGACCUCGAUCGCGUCGCUGGCUAGCGGGGCGGGGACGUCUACCGCUACCACGCCCCUGUCGGAGGUUGACAUCUCGAAGCUUGUCUUCAACAGCACUGUUUCCCUGACUCACACUGCUAACUGCGCCAUCACCCGCCCUGAUGAUGAAGCCUUUGAGGAAAAAGAGCUCCGAGUGUACCUCUCCCGCCGCGCAAAGUGGAAAUCGGCCUGGCCCUCGCUCUUGGACUGCACCGCCGCUGGUGGCCUCUCUUCUUCUGACCUCUCUCCCCUGGAGGGAAUGAUUAGAGAGGCCCACGAGGAGGUCCGGCUCCCGUCUCCGUUCCUUCGCUCCCAUGCCAAACCCAUUGGUGAGAACAGAUUGAUGCUUACAGAGACAGAAAUCGGAGAGGAGGGUUGCCAAAUGCAGCUGCAGCAUUGUUUCGAGGUUGAGCUGCCUGAGGGGGUUGUGCCAAGGCCAGGGGAGGGAGAUGGGGAGGUGGCGGGCUGGGAGUUGGUUACUGUGCCGGAGAUGAAGGAGAGGAUGAGGAUGGGGGAGGUGAAGCCAGCGAGUGGGUUGGUGUUGAUGAGGUGGAUGUUGGGACGGGGGUUGCUGACUGACGAGGAGGGAAAGGGUGUGGGGGAGAGGUUGGGGCGGGAGUGGGUGGUUCAGUGA